CUGUGUGGUGACUUGGUUCUCUGAUUAUUCACUACACAAACACAGAAUAGAGGGUGAGUGAGUGGUUACUGAACCAUUUCCAUGGCGUGUUCUGAGGAGAGGAGUUGGGGCCAAAGGGUAUCCGAAAAGGUUGUUUCUUUGUACGCUUCUCUUCCCAAAAAGGGCAAACCUCAAGGCCGUGAAGUCACCGUUUUGGCCUCUUUCCUUCUCUCUUCUCCUUCCAAUGAUUUGAAGGUUGUUGCAAUGGGAACGGGUACAAAGUGCAUUGGACGUUCUCUCUUGCGCCCCUCUGGUGACAUUGUUCAUGAUUCCCAUGCUGAAGUCAUUGCUCGAAGAGCUUUGAUCAGGUUCUUCUAUGCACAGAUUCAACAUCUUACUGAAACUAGUUGUAAGCAUGAAACUAGCAAUGGAGGCAAAAGGUUGAAACUUGAUGAUGGAAACUUGCCAUUUGAGUUGGAUCCAGGGUGUGUUAAUAAAGGAAAAUAUACCUUGAGAAAGGAUUGGAAAUUACAUAUGUACAUAUCACAGUUACCAUGUGGAGAUGCUUCACUGAGUUCUCUUGUCUCUCCCUUGGAAAAUGUGCCUUUAGGAGAAAGUGGUUCAACUUCACCUUUGGAUAACAGUUUAAAACAAAAGGGGAUGGUCCAGAGGAAGCCAGGUCGUGGUGAUACAACCCUGUCAGUUAGUUGUUCUGACAAGAUAGCUCGUUGGAAUGUUGUUGGUGUUCAAGGAGCUUUGCUUUCCUACUUUCUUCAACCUGUAUAUCUUUCUUCCAUUACUGUUGGUCUUCCUGUUAACAAUCCCGAGAAUUUUCAUUUUGAAGAUAACUUGAAAAGAGCUUUGUAUGAACGUAUCUUACCCUUAUCAAAUGAACUGACAUCUCCAUUUAUAGUGAACCAGCCGUUAUUUCAGGCUGCACCAGUACCACCAAAGGACUUUCAGCAAUCUGAGAGUGCUGCCAACACUUUAACAUGCGGAUAUUCCAUAUGUUGGAAUGAAUGUGGCUUGCAUGAAGUCAUCCUGGGAACUACUGGAAGAAAGCAAGGCACCUCUGCAAAAGGGGCACUUUGCCCAUCGACACAGUCAUCUUUGUGCAAAAAGAGGCUGUUGGAGGUUUUUUUGUCACUCAGGCGGGAAAAUUUCACCGGUUCUCUGGACAAUGGGAUUACGUAUCGAGAACUGAAGGAUGGAGCUGAAGAAUAUCAUUUGGCUUCCAAAAUUUUUAAAGGGAAGCCACCUUUUAACAAGUGGUUCUUGAAACCGUCUGAUUGUGAGGCAUUCCCCAUUUCAGAAUAAUACAUUUAGUUAUCUGUCUAAACUCUAAAGCCCAUCGUUGGUAAUGUCAAUUGAGUUGCAUGCAAAAAUUUAACCUCUGUAAUCUGAGAAUGGAUCACAAUUGGCGCGCUCAUAGUCUAAAAGGCCUAGUUGCACCUCCAUGACCAGUGUGAACACUCCCUUCUCUCAAACACCUAACAAAUGAACUUUAUUUUUAUUUUUAGAAAAUGUGUUUUUACUUUUUAGUCUUUAUACUUUUGGUUAAGAGUGGUCAAGCUCACUGUAUUUUCAUAUUAACAAAUUUGGUCCUCAAACAUUAAAAAAUACGUGGAUUUAGUCUUUCUUAACUUCAAAAUUUUUGAUGAAUUUUUAGAAAGAAGGGACUAAGUUCAUAUGUUUUUUUUUCCCAAGUUUGAACACUAAACUCACGUAUAUGAACUUAUAAGGAUGUUGACCAUGUUUGACGGAAAGUUUAAGGUCUAAAAAUGCACUUUUAAAGAAAAAUAAAAAUUCUAUUACUUCCUUAGGUUCCAAUUUGAUUUAGACAUUGUAUUUUGCAGUGUAAAUCACUUUAAUGUUUUUGUUACUAUAAACAUUUUAAUUUUUAAGCUCGUAUUUGCGGUGGGGUUUGUACAAGGCAGUCAUUGGACUACUGUAGUAUUUAUUUUGAUAGCCAAUGGAUAUAUUUUUUAAAUA